CAUUCGCCAGUAUCUAGUUUCUGUGACAUCGCUCCGUCCGAGCCGAUCCCUCAUUCUCUUCGAAACGCGUGCCCGCUUCUUCCUCCAUGCUACCGACCCUUGAUCCCUUCGCCCGAUGUAAAUCGGUCGACAAACCUGACUACAUCUUCCUUGAACUCCCCUUUCCACGUGGGGACGAAAUGCCCCCCUCCAUGCUCAUGCAAUGUGAUCCACCCCUUCUCCGCCUCGUCCCAACACGCCAUCAGCUCCCUGGUCCGCGUCAGUGGCACCAGUUGAUCCGCCGCGCCCCCCACAAACAUCGUCGGGAGCCUGGGCGCACCCUCCUUCACGCCCUGUCCCACUGCCUCGUCCCGGGGGAAGAAACCGCCCACCAAGAUCGCAAAUUUUGGCAGGCUUACCCCCUCCUUCUGCCCUUUCCCCUCCCUUUCGUCU